AUGCAAUUUGAUGAAAAUGGAAAAGCUGUUAAACAAUACAUUGGAGAAGGUGAAAAUGGUCCAAUGAAUUCAUACCGUCAUAAUCCAUAUUCUUAUUUCAAUGAAGAAUUAAAUGCUAUUGAAGAGGGACCGGAUGGAUUACCACGAUAUUCUAACCAGUUUGAUGGUCAAUAUGCAAAUAUUAGACCUGAAAUUUCAGCUAAGAAAUUCUUUAAAGUUGCUUUAUUCGAUCCAGUUUUCGCAAAUGUUAAAGAUGAACUUAAACAGCAAUUCCAACCAAUUAUAGUAGCAAGAAUUGCAUCAGGUGCUUUAUCUCAAGCAUUCAAAGAUUUAAUUAAGAAACCAUUAUAUCAGCAACGGGGUUUAACUUAUGAUUUAGUUAAGGAAUCAGAUAAAAGAAAAUUUGAGAAAUCAGAUGAUUAUAAGAAUGCAAUUAAUGAAUAUAUUCGGUCUAUUAAUUUCGAUGAAACAGCUAAAAAUCAACUUCAUGAACAAAUACAGGGAAUAAUAGAUUCAAAAGUUCCAGCAAAAUAA